UUCACCUUCGCUUUAUUCUUCUCUUAACAAAAACUCGCCUUUUCACAAAAAAAAUAUCUCAGACAACCACAACAACCCAAAACCCAGCCCAUCUCUCUCUACUCGUCUCUCUCCCGCCGUAAUUCUCACGCGAUCUCCGAUUCUCUCACACAAUGGCCACCGAUUCAUCAGAGCAACUCAACCUCAACAACCCUACUACUACAACUACUGCUGCUGCAGAGGAAAACCCUAAAAAAACCCUAGACGACGACAGUACCACUACUACUGCUGUCCCUCCCACCACCACCACCGAACCAGAUCACCUCGAAGAAGAAGAAGAAGAGGAAGAGCCAGCCGAUGAGGCUACCGAUCAGCCUUCUGUAACCACCGUCGAUUCCGAUGCGAAGUCCGGCGACGAUUCGAAGAGCGCCGUAGCCGCCGCCUCCGCCCCGGCGGCGGCUGCCUCGCCUGUAGCAGGGGAUGUUGUUGAUGUGGAUCCGGCUUCCAAUAUUCAGAAGAAGAUCCGUCGUGCCGAGCGAUUCGGAAUUUCCUUGCAACUCACCGAGGAGGAGAAGCGUAAUUCACGAAAGGAGAGGUUUGGCACCGGUUCCACAGUGCCUGGGUCAGACUCAGAGGCAUUUAAGAAGUCAGAGGAUCUGAAGAGGAAGGCUAGAGCAGAGAGGUUUGGGAUUCGUGAUUCGCCUGUGGCUACUGAUGAGGAUGCGAAGAAGAAAGCUCGGCUUGCCAAAUUUGCACCGGUUUCUAAAACAGAUCCCUUGGAAGAAGAGAAAAGGAAGGCAAGGACGAUCAGGUUUUCAAACCCUCCAAAAAAUUCUUCAUCACCUGUGAAUGGCAAAGGAAAUAUGGAGUCGAAGGCAGCUAUUGCAGGCAAGGCUGGAGGAGGGGUUUGAAUUGAAGCUCCCUUUUUAAUAGUAAGGUUUGGUGUUUUUUCAUUUUUGUUGAUUAUCCUGUGGCUUCUUCGUCCAUUCCUACUUUCCAACAUGCGAUUUCCCAGAUGCAGAACUUUUUAUUCUUAGACAGCUACCUUUUGCACUGAACAAGAUUUUGGUAUCAUGAAGUUGUUCUCGUAUUCUGAAUGUGGUUUAGCAGUGGUUCACCUGGUGAGACCUAGAGUAAUUUACGACUUCCUACAUGGUGUUAGUUAUCUCAGAGUCUAUAAAGACUAUCAGAAAUUCAAAGUGACAAAGUAGCUGAAAUUUAACACUUAGAUUUUUCAUUUGCCUAGUUUACCCUUAAUUGAAUUCACCCUUAGAUUCAUCUGAUAUCUGCUAAUAGUCGCAUAUUCAUGAUCAUGUGGAAGGGCAGCACUAAGUUGGUUUUGUGAGUUGUUCAUCUGAUCCAAGAUUGGUAGUGUCAAAACUUGUUGUAGUGCUUUGCUAUUAGUAGUUAAUGGUUGUAUGCUAGAACUAACUGAAUUAGAAUAUGGGCCUUUUAAGAAAAGUAGUUAGGUAAAUCUCUAUUCUGGUUGACUUAAAUCAUAAUUUAGGAUAAUUUUCAUCUUUGCAGUUUUAGGUUAGGUGAUUGACUUUUGAUGGUAGGACUGAUAGUACAGCAUUCACAGCCUAGAACAACAUGCACAUUGCUUCUCUGAUGUUAAGAUUAUGACUUUGGGAAUGACAGCAUACCUGGCAUUUUUUAGGUGCAUAAUUUAUUUGUUUUUUGAGCCAGAUUUGAGUGUGUUCCCACCUGAAAUAGGAAAAAAAAUAAAGGAAAGAUUUGUGUUAGCUCUGUACUAUUCUGCAUUAAUUCUUCACUCCAAGUAAGAAAAAAGGGGGAAAAAAAAAUCAUCUCUCCAAGUAAGGUUUUGUCUUAUGUCUUAUGUCUUAUUUGAUGGCAGUGUGUCAUGGCAUGCUUUUGUCUACUACUAAUCAUGGAUCAGAUUUCAUUAAUUUAUGCUUGUCACAUCUUACUACUUAGUUUGGCUGAUAUUAUCUUUGCAAAUAUCUGUGGGAUCAGCCAAGAUAUGAAAGCAUAUGCUACUUAGUACUGUUGUCCAACAUGAUCAUGAAACCAUCUCAAGAUUGGAUGAAUAAAUUGGAAGGUAUAUCUGUCAGAUGAGAUGGUAAUUUCUAAUAUUCUCUGUUUGUCAUUUGAGAUAAGUGCACUCUUUGUAGGUCCUCGUAAAUUUUCAUAGGUCUCACUGGGAGAAUUGUUCAAUCAGCAAGGUGGGUACUCUGAUUGCUAGGUUUGUCAUAGAGUUGUAAUUUUUAUAGAUUUCUAAUAUGUAGCUUUGAAUUAUUGAAAAUUUGCGAACUGUGCUGCUUCUGUAAGAGUUCUUGUUUGUUAGUAGGGAUUAGAUGGGAAUGUAUCUGUAUACUUGAGGAUAUCAGGAAAAUCAUCUGUUUGUUGCCCCA